UGGAUGAAAUUUGAACACCUGCCUUUGAAUUUACCUCUCAGAACAUCUGUCCUUUCACGAGAUAAGAUAUUUGCUAAUUAAAACGUUGCCUAUUACAAUCGCUUAUUCAGUCAUAGAGGCCCCAUGAAACUGUUAAUUUUCGCCUCCGUUUUAGGACUUUGCCUUGCGGAUUACACAGACCCCCACUGUGGGGGUAAGCAAGUCAUUGUUCACCUGUUUGAGUGGAAAUGGACGGACAUAGCGCUAGAAUGUGAGCGCUAUCUUUCCAAGAAAGGCUACUGCGGCGUUCAAGUUUCGCCUGCUAACGAGCACGUGAUGGUGACGUCACCGCCCCGUCCCUGGUGGGAACGCUACCAGCCGGUGAGUUACAAACUGCACAGCCGCAGUGGAACCGAGGCGGAGUUUACAGACAUGGUCAGCAGGUGUAAGGCUGUCGGAGUCAGGAUCUAUGUGGAUGUGAUCAUCAACCAUAUGGCAGGUCUUGGCCGAACGGGUACCGGAACAGGAGGCAGCAGCUUCGACUCCACCAAUUACAACUUCCCCGGGGUCCCUUAUGUGAGGGAGCACUUCAACCCCUACUGCAAGCUGAACAAUUACGGGGAUCCUAAUCAAGUCAGAAAUUGUUACCUUGUCGAUUUAACAGACCUAGACCAAGGUAAUGAAUAUGUAAGAAAUAGCAUAGCUGGCUUCUUGAACAAGCUCACAGAUCUUGGGGUUGCGGGCUAUAGACUUGAUGCGGCCAAGCACAUGUGGCCCCGCGACCUCACAGCGAUCCAACAGAAGCUGAAAGAUCUUCCCGAAGGAGGUCGGCCAUUUUUCUUCAUGGAGGUCAUUGACCAAGGCGGAGAACCAAUCAAAACUCAGGAAUACACACCAAACGGAUACGUCACUGAGUUCAGGUACUGUAUAAAAUUAAGGGAAGGAAUCAACGACUUCGGUCGGUUGGGUCAGGCCGUAGACUACGGGUGGGGCAUGACCGACUCUGGACACGCUCUCGUGUUUGUAGACAAUCAUGACAACCAGCGUGGACACGGAGGUGGUGGCGAUCUCCUCACCCACAAGAAUCCGCAAAACUACAAGCUGGCAGUGGCCUUCAUGUUAGCCAAUGACUAUGGCUUCACCCGCGUGAUGAGCAGUUUCAGUUUCAGCAAUAGCGACCAGGGGCCGCCUCACAAUGGCGACUUCUCCACUAUGGAUGUGACAAUCAACGCCGACGGGAAGGGAUGCGGUAACGGCUGGGUGUGUGAGCAUCGGUGGCCGUCUAUUGCCAACAUGGUGGCUUUCCGUAACGCCGUCGCCGGGACCACGAAGGGUAAUUACUACGCAACUAAUGGAGAGCUAGCAUUCUCGAGGGGUAACAAAGGUUUCUUCGCCAUGUCAAAGAGCGGACAAAUGGACAAAACUCUGCAGACUGGGCUACCAGCUGGACAAUAUUGUGACCUGAUUACAGACUGUGCCAGGAAAAUCACCGUUGACGGCAGUGGCAACGCUCAUAUUGUCCUCAACAGCAAUGAUAACCCUGUGGUGGCCUUUAUAGUCGGUGGACCGACGACUGGUGGAUCUACAGGAAACACUGGCGGAAACACAGGCGGAAACACCGGAAGUGGCGGUUCUCAGCCGGAUGUGACUACUGCAUCUGCCCCUGCACCAACAUCUGCUGCAGGUUUUGCACGUACAGUUAUACUGAUAGAAAAGCAGACAGCCCCUGGGCAAGACCUGUUCAUACGCGGCGGUUUAGACCACGACAGGCAUGCGGGGUGCUCCCAAGACGCGGCUACCAGUCAAUGUUCUAUUCCUAUCCAUCAUCGUUCGCCGGGAACAGGCAACCAUUUCGCGAAGGUCAACGCUUGGUCCAAGGGAGACAACUAUCUUGACUGGUACGGGGCGGAAUCGGGUCAAGGGUCAUACCAAGGUCAGAUAGCUCAAGGCACUCCCGCGGUGUGGACAACCAAUGGCGCAAGUCAUGCCGGUCACACUGACCUUAAUACGUACGGUGACCAUUACUGGAUGGUGGACGUGGACAUGGACUGCAGCAAAACUGACAACGGAUGGUUCGAGCUCAAGGCGGUAGUGAACGGUCAGUGGGAAGGCGACAUGCCGACCUCGUCCGGUUGUACUGGAGUUAAUGACUCGCCUCCCGGAACUACGAACAAUCACUGGGCCCGAUGUGGGAUGUUGAAUGUCUUCCAUUUUAGCUCAUCUACUUGCGAAUACAAAGCUUUAUCUUAAUACUGGAUGAAAUGGUGUACUCGUGAUUAUUUGCAUGCAUGUGUAUUUUGUUGCUUAAUAAAAUAUCAUGGUUUAUUUAGUCAUCUACAUACGGAAACGUGUUUGCUAAAUAAUAUGUAUUUACCUCGUUGUCGAGGAAUAUGAUAAACAUGCACAUUUUAUAGCACCUUUGUGAAACAAGAUUUGGUUAUUGAUUGAAUAAAAACGAAGAUCAUGUAA